AGCGUGAUCAUCUCUUUACUUUUUCGUUUUCUCAACAGUGUCAGUCACGUAAGAAAGAACAAAAAAAAAAACCCAACUUACAAAAAAUGGGAAUCUGUGUUGUGCAUGUUUAAUUUAUUAUUAAUGGUAUUGGUUUAGGCAAUGUAAACGCAUAACCGUCGCUGUGGCUUGGGAUUCUUCUGGCAAAUCGUGCCUGCAACUUGUUCUUAUAGGUAUGGCUAAAUGAGUAUAAAAUCUGUAGCAUAAAAAAGUGAUAAAUUUUUUAAUAAAAUAGGAAGGAUAAGGAAAAAGGGUCUUAGACCAAAACCAUUUCUGGUUUCUGGGAAGUAGCCAGUUUAGGGAGAGAUGAUGAAGUGGAGAAAAGGUUUGGUUUUGGCGCUGUUUACAGUCUGCAUUUUGGGGUUUAAGCCCAGAUGUUCCGAUGGUGCAACAGAUCAAGGAGAUGCUUCUGCGCUGGGGGUUAUGUUCAGCAGUUUAAAUUCACCACAGCAGCUAACAGGGUGGACCGCUAACAAUGGUGAUCCAUGCGGGCAGCCGUGGAAAGGUGUUACUUGCUCAGGCCAGCGUGUCACUGAAAUUAAACUGUCAAAUCUUGGACUUUCUGGGUCAAUGGGUUACAGCCUUCAAAGUUUAACGUCACUGAAGGAACUGGACUUGAGCCAUAACAAUCUUGCAGGCGAUAUACCAUAUAAUAUUCCUUUGAACUUGACGCGAUUCAAUCUUGCAUAUAAUCAAUUUACUGGAAGCGUCCCUUAUUCCAUCAAUCAGAUGCAUUCUCUUCAAUAUUUAAAUCUUAGCCAUAACCAGUUACAGUACCAAUUAAAUGACAUGUUUGGACCACUCUCUUCUCUCUCCACACUGGAUCUCUCUUUCAAUUCUCUAACUGAUGCUCUCCCUCAGAGUUUUAAGAAUCUUACUAGUUUGAAGUCUAUGUACUUGCAAAAUAACCAGUUUACUGGCACUAUUGAUGUCCUUGCCAAUCUUCCCCUUGAUAAUCUGUAUGUAUCCAAUAACCAUUUUACUGGCUGGAUACCUGAUCAAUUGAAAAGUAUCGAUUUGCAAUCGGACGGUAAUUCAUGGAGCUCGGGGCCUGCACCCCCACCUCCACCUGGUACCCCUCCAGCCACUAGAAACAACAGAAAGCACGAAUCUAACAGCAAUAAUUCACCACCAGAUGGUGGUUCCAGUAGCAGCCCUAGCAGGAGUAGCAGCAAAUCAGGGAUUGGAGGUGGAGGCAUAGCAGGAAUAGUUAUAUCUAUCCUCAUUGUUGGUGCUAUACUAGCAUUCUUUCUGGUGAAGAGAAGAUCCAGGAGGUCAUCCUCAGAUGUUGAAAAGCCCGAUAAUCAAUCUUUUGCUCCUCUAGCUUCUAAGGAAGUGCAAGAAAUUAAAUCCAUUCAGUCUUCUCACUCUUCUGCUUCACUUGACACCAAGUCGUUUGAAAUACCUGCUUCAAUAAACCUUCGACCCCCACCGGUUGACCGUCACAAAUCUUUUGAUGAAGAAGACUUUUCUGUAAAGCCCGUUGAGGUUAAGAAAGCUGUCACAGCUCCCACAAAUGUUACGACAUAUUCAAUAGCAGACCUCCAGAUGGCUACGGGCAGUUUCAGUUUUGAAAAUCUUCUUGGUGAAGGGACUUUUGGACGCGUUUAUCGAGCUCAAUUUGAUGAUGGCGAGGUUCUUGCCGUGAAGAAAAUAGAUUCUACGGUGCUUUCCAGUGAAAUGUCUGAUGAAUUUAUAGAGAUGGUUUCAAAUAUCUCCCAGCUGCAUCACACAAAUGUAACAGAGCUGGUUGGCUAUUGUUCCGUGCAUGGACAGCACCUGCUUGUCUACGAGUUCCACAAAAAUGGCUCUCUUCAUGACUUCCUGCAUAUAUCAGAUGAGUUCAGUAAGCCAUUGAUUUGGAACUCCCGUGUCAAAAUUGCACUGGGGACUGCACGUGCACUAGAGUACCUUCAUGAAGUUUGCUCACCGUCUGUCAUUCAUAAAAAUAUCAAGUCGGCCAACAUCUUACUUGAUGCUGAGCUCAAUCCUCACCUUUCAGACUCGGGCUUGGCAACCUUUAUUCCCAAUGCAGAUCAGUUACUGAAUCGUGAUGACAUGGGAUCCGGAUACUGUGCACCAGAGGUUACUAUGUCUAGUCAGUACUCUCUCAAGAGCGAUGUUUACAGUUUUGGAGUGGUUAUGUUAGAACUUCUCACCGGACGUAAGCCGUUUGAUAGCACAAGGCCAAGACUAGAGCAAUCUUUGGUUCGAUGGGCAACACCUCAGCUCCAUGAUAUCGAUGCUCUGUCUAAGAUGGUUGACCCGGCACUUAAAGGGCUUUACCCGAUUAAAUCUCUGUCUCGUUUUGCCGAUGUGAUUGCUCUUUGUGUCCAGUCGGAGCCUGAGUUUCGGCCACCUAUGUCGGAAGUGGUUCAAGCAUUGGUUCGACUAGUGCAGCGAGCUAACAUGAGUAAGAGAACAAUAGGGACGGACCAAGGCGCAUCUCCACGAACCAACAACACUGAUGAACAACAUGACUACAUGUCUUAAAUUGCUGUACUGUAGUAGCCUCGCAUUUUGAAUGUAAUCAUGUUGAGUGUUUUUAUUUGAUUGCAAGAUUACUAUAUAAAUUCCACCCUAGCUUUAGCUCCAGUUUCAAGCUAGCCCUGCAUUUUGUAUUAUGUUGCAAUACAGUACUACCAGGGGCAGUUAAGUGCCCGGUCCGAUUUUAAAAAAUUCCAGGCCUGAGACUAAGCCCGGCCAGGUCUGCUCAAAAAGCACAUAUUAUUGUUUGAAAAUAAUAAAAUAACACAUUAUAUAA